AUGAAGCUUUACAUGUUAUCUCUCGUCUUAUCUUUGGAUCUGGAGCCAACCAAUGGCUUGCAGAAUCUCUUCUCGGGAUGGGGAAAGGAGAAGAACCCUUUCGUUUCCAUCAUUACCUCAGCUCAACCGUCGCCGAUGCGUAAACGAGUCGACCUCGGAACUCUUUCCGUCUCUCCCAUGGGGUUGGGAACAUUGAAUCUACCAUUGGAUACGGAAGUGGAUGAAGAAACCACGGGAGUCAUUAAGAUGGUCCAAAAAUGUGGGGUGAAUCUUGUGGACACUGCCGAAGCUUAUGGCUUUGGAAAGUCCGAAAGCUUGCUUCAGAACGCCUGUAAAAGUGCCGGAUUGUCCAUUGGAACCCAAGUUGACGACCCCAAUGUCAUUGCUGCUGCCACCAAAUUCGCACCCGUCCCCUGGAGAACCGAGAGUCAGACUGUCGUGGAUGCUUGCAAGGCAUCUGCAAGUCGAUUAGGAGUUGAGCAAAUUCCGUUGUAUCAGAUUCAUUGGCCUGAUCUCAUUCAACCAUUCAAGGCAUUUGGUCGAGAGAAUCGCAAGGAUGAAAUAUACUGGGAAGGAUUGGCAGAGUGCUACAACAGUGGUCUCGCAGCCAAUGUCGGAGUAUCUAACUAUGGUCCUGAAACUCUUCUUCGAGCUCAGGAGGCACUGUCGAAAAAGGGAGUCCCCAUUGUAUCCAAUCAAAUUAACCUGUCACUCAUGAGAUAUCGGAGCUCGGAGAAGACGCUGCAAGUAUGUGAGGAUCUUGGUAUUAAGGUUCUCUCCUACUUUCCUCUUGCUAAUGGACUGUUGGCGGGCAAGUAUUCCGUCGACACUCCUCCCUCUUUUCCCAAGAGUCUCACCAUGAAAAAGUACUACGAAGAUGCCGAACCAGUAUUGGUAAUCAUGAGACGGAUUGCCGCGGAAAAGCAAAAGACAGUCGCUCAAGUAGCCAUCAACUGGGUCAUGUGUAAGAAUGCCAUUCCCAUUCCAGGAGCUCGAUCCGCCAGCAUGGCAAGGGAUAAUUUUGGUGCCAUGGGUUGGGCCCUUUCACCCGAAGAAGUUGCCGAGCUGGAAUACGCAGCCUCUUUGGUUGCUGAAUUUAGCAAUGGCGGCUUUGAGUUGGUAUAG